AUGGCAAAUUGGCCUCGAGUUUCUCCCAUCGCCUACGUGGCACUCGGCGUACUUCUCGGCUUGACACUGUCGAUUGUCUCUCAAUCGGGAAAUUCAGCCUAUGAUGCAGCAUCUCGGAUAGCAAUCAUCAGAGCGAAUCGCAAUGAUCCACAAUUGGAAGAGCACGAUCAUGCACAUGGAAAUGAUCCGCACGGCGACGAAGAAGUGGACGAUCAUCAUGCCAACUUCGCACCCGUUCAAUUCCAUUCGAACGACUCAUCACAUAGUCACGAUGGAGAGAGUGUAAUCGCAGAUGAGGUGGCAAAGAAGGUUCGGGUAUUCUGUUGGAUUCUCACUGGAAAACAGAAUCAUGAAAAACGAGCGAAACAUGUCAAAGCCACUUGGGCGAAGAGAUGUAAUAAAUACGUGUUCAUGUCAUCUGAAGAGGACGCGGAACUUCCAGCCAUCAAUUUAAAUGUAUCCGAGGGUCGAGACUAUUUAUGGGCAAAAACGAAAGGAGCCUUUAAAUACAUCUAUGAUCAUCAUUUGAAUGAUUUUGAUUGGUUCCUGAAAGCCGAUGACGAUACCUAUGUGGUUAUGGAAAAUCUCAGGUUUAUGCUUUUGGCUCAUUCUCCGGAUGAGCCAAUUCAUUUCGGAUGCAAAUUCAAACCAUUCACACAAGGAGGUUAUCAUAGUGGAGGUGCUGGAUAUGUACUGAGUAGAGAGGCUCUUAAGAAAUUCAUUGAAGUGGCACUUCCUGACAAGUCCUUGUGCUCUCAGAAUCAUGGAGGAGCCGAGGAUGCAGAAAUGGGAAAAUGCUUGGAAAAAGUUGGAGUGAAGGCUGGAGAUUCAAGAGAUGCAGAUGGACAUCAUAGAUUCAUGCCAUUUGUUCCGGAACAUCAUCUAUCACCUGGUCACGUGGAUCCAAAGUUCUGGUUCUGGCAGUAUACGUACUAUCCAAUGGAUCAAGGACCGACAUGUUGCUCUGAUUAUGCCGUCUCCUUCCACUACGUCAGCCCGAACUUGAUGUAUGUGCUCGAGUAUCUCAUCUACCAUCUGAAACCUUUCGGUAUCGAUCGCGCAAUUCGUGUGCCCAAAAACGACACCAUCAUCCAUACGGCAUACUCAAUCUCUCGGUCUGAACGUGGUCAAGAUGAUGCAUUCCGAGAGCGACCGGAGCUUCCAGUCUAA